AUGAGCGAGGGAGCUUGUGGUAGACGCCACAGGCGGAGGACCCUCCGUGGUGACUGGGCGGCGCUACACAACCCCAAUGUCCGACGCGUGCUGGCCUUCUGCUUUAUCGACGGGGCGUGCUUUUCACUGUGGUACUCGCAGGUGUUUCAGAUCCUCAUCAACCGCCUCUCUGGCGACACAACCGUUGGUUGGCUGUCGGCCACCUCUGGUGCGGCGCAGAUGGCGGGCGCGCUUAUUGCUGGCUUUGCCGUUGGCUUACCACGGCAGACGCUUAUUAGGCUUGGCGCAUUCAGCGGCAUGGUGGCCGCCGCCCUCUCGCUCUUUGGCGUCUCCAUGCUGCAGGUGCACGUCUUCUUCUUCUCCGCGAUGCUGUGGGGGCUGUACUCCGGGAUGGUCUCCACCGGGACGGAGGCGUUGUUCGCCGACAGCAUCGAAACCGGCCGGCGCGACUUUGCGUACAACCUGAAGUGGGUGAACCAGACCCUGUGCGACUGCGUCGGCUCCGCAGCCUCGCUCGUCAUGCUGCUGAGGCUCGGCAACGAGUGGGACGUAAGCAGCCUGCAGAUGCUCAUGUACACGGGUGUCUCGCUGCACCCCGUCGCCCAGCUGGCGCUCUUCACGCUGAAGGACAAGUAUGCGCUGGAGGAAUACGUGGGGGGCCACGCGUCGCAGCACGUCGUUGCCUCCGACGCCCCCGAGGCCCCAGGGCCCGGCAAGGAGGCGACAACACCCAGCCAGACGAGCAGCGACCCUCUCACCUCGAGCGAAGGCGUGUCGUCGACAGAGCACCCUCUGCUCGCCGCACCUGACACGCAGAAUCCAGCCGAGGCGGCGACAUUGGAGCUGGGGGAGUGCGCAAAAUUGUAUGAGGCCGGCGUGGCGCAGCGUGAGGCCGUUCUCGCCCGUCUUGCGCUGCGGAGCGCACGAAAGGAAAGGGCGUACCUUGCGGCGCAGGAGGCGCGAAACCCGGCGGCGCGCGCGGUGGCGGCGGCGUGGCACCAUGCAACGGCCGCCUUUGAGUGGUCGGCGGUGCCGUAUUUGGUGUGCCUCUUUGACUUUCUCGUGGCAGUUGGCUCCGGCAUGACGAUGCGGUACAUCCCGCUCUUCUUCGUCAACGACUACCAUGUGUCACCGGUGGUUCUCAUGAGCGUGUACAUUGCCAUCUCCGUCACCACCGCCGCUAUAUCGACGCUGGUGCGGUACCUCGGGGCGCACUACGUGAGUCGGGUAGCUGCCGUCUUUUCGGUGCGAUUGGUGGGCACGACGCUGCUCCUCUUGAUGGGUCUGACGCACCUCAAUCUGUACAUCCUGCUUCCGAUAUUUGUCCUUCGCAAUGCAUUGAUGAACUCCACCCGCGGCGUCACCCGCAGCGUCAUCAUGGACUGCGUCUCAAAGUCCAGCCGCGCCAAGUGGUCCGCCUUUGAGAGCUUCUCCUCCCUCACAUGGGCGGGGAGUGCGGUGAUUGGCGGGUACAUCGCCGAGGCCAAAGGCUACCAGUACACGUUUGUCGUCACAGCCGUAUUCCACUACGUGGCGCUGCUGGGGCUCGCCCCGGCGCUGUAUGGGGCCCGCGAGGUGGAACGGGCCCAGCGCGAACGUCGCUGGAGAGAAGACGCCGAGGAAAAGGGGUGGAAACGAGCCCUGCGUCGUCUGGGCUCCACCGGUGCCGUUUCGCCGACGAACGCGAUUGAGGAGCGCGCGGAUCCGCAGCAGCCGGCCGAGGAAAGGUCCUGCCACCCUCCGAUGAAGUUUGAGUCACACCGCGGCGAGGGAGCGCGUGAAGCACGCGAUGCCGCUUGCCGCGUGGAAGUGGCAGCAGAGGCAUCUACACGUUCCGACACAAAUGUGGCCUCCCGCAGCGGGUAG